UUAGGUCUCUGCCGCUCUCUCUCGCUCUCUGCGAAGAAUGGAUGAGGAAUACGACGUCAUCGUCCUCGGCACGGGCCUUAAAGAAUGCAUCCUCAGCGGCCUCCUCUCUGUCGAUGGUCUCAAGGUUCUUCAUAUGGACAGGAAUGACUAUUAUGGUGGGGAGUCAACAUCUCUUAAUCUCAUUCAGCUCUGGAAGCGAUUCAAGGGCACUGACAAGCCUCCAGAACAUUUGGGCCCAAGCAAGGAAUACAAUGUUGACAUGGUCCCCAAGUUUAUGAUGGCAAAUGGUGGUUUGGUUCGUGUUCUCAUCCACACCAGUGUUACCAAGUAUUUGAACUUCAAAGCAGUCGAUGGUAGCUUUGUGUACAACAAGGGGAAGAUUUACAAAGUGCCGGCAACUGAUGUUGAAGCACUGAAAUCUACACUGAUGGGACUUUUUGAAAAACGCCGUGCCAGGAAGUUUUUCAUUUAUGUGCAAGAUUAUGAAGAGAAUGAGCCAAAGUCUCAUGAAGGAAUGGAUUUGCAUAAAGUUACUAGCAGAGAAGUCAUUUCCAAAUAUGGACUGGAUGACAACACGAUUGACUUUAUCGGGCAUGCAUUGGCACUUCAUAGAGAUGAUAGCUACUUGGAUGAGCCUGCAAUUGAUACUGUAAAAAGAAUGAAGCUGUAUGCGGAAUCAUUGGCACGCUUUCAAGGAGGUUCUCCUUAUAUAUAUCCUCUUUAUGGUUUGGGAGAGCUUCCUCAGGGAUUCGCUCGUCUGAGUGCAGUUUAUGGUGGCACCUACAUGCUUAACAAGCCAGAAUGCAAGGUUGAGUUUGAUGAAAAUGGAAAAGCUUAUGGUGUGACAUCCGAGGGGGAGACUGCUAAAUGCAAAAAAGUAGUCUGUGAUCCUUCUUACUUGCCAAGUAAAGUAAAAAAGGUUGGUAAAGUAGCUCGUGCUAUAUGUAUAAUGAGUCAUCCAAUCCCAAAUACCAACGACUCACAGUCGGUGCAGAUUAUUCUGCCCCAGAAACAACUUGGACGUAGAUCAGACAUGUAUGUGUUUUGCUGCUCUUACACACACAACGUUGCUCCGAAAGGGAAAUAUAUCGCUUUUGUUUCCACUGAGGCUGAAACCGAUCAUCCUGAGACAGAACUGAAGCCUGGCAUCGAUUUGCUUGGACCAGUAAAUGAGACCUUUUUCGAUACUUAUGAUAGAUAUGAACCUACAAACAACCAUGAAGAGGACAGUUGCUUCAUAUCCACUAGCUAUGACGCCACCACACACUUUGAGACAACCGUGGAAGAUGUCAUCUCCAUGUACAGAAAGAUAACUGGAAAGGAACCUGAUCUGACUGUGGAUCUGAAUGCUGCCAGUGCUGCUGCAGAUGAUGCUUAGUUUAUUCCUCUCCAUGGAUGCCCCUUGAAGAAAUCAUAGCCUCACUAUUUCAUCUUGUUUGCAUUAUUUGUUCCACAGUAGGAAAUUACAUUACUCAGAUUUCUGCUCUAACGCAUUUGCAUAAACUAAUUUAUUUACCCGAAAAUAUUUGAAU